CUCCUCUCUUCCUCUCCAGGUGUUCUUGACCCCCCGUCGCCAUGGGGGACAGCGACGAUGAGUACGAUCGCCGGCGUCGGGACAAAUUCCGACGGGAGAGGAGCGACUACGAUCGCUCGCGGGAGCGCGACGACCGGCGUCGGGACGACUGGAGUGACAGGGAGUGGGACCGCGGCCGGGAGCGCCGGAGCCGAGGGGAAUACCGGGAUUACGACCGGAGCCGACGGGAACGCUUCUCCCCGCCUCGUCACGAGCUGAGCCCGCCGCAGAAACGCAUGAGACGGGACUG